AUAACGUGCUAUAAAAAUUGGACAUAAUAUUAUUUUACAUUUGGGAAUGAAUGUGUCUAGUGAUAAUUCUUGUGCCUUAUUAAUUUAUUUUAGGUGAUCAUAGGAAGCUUUAUAGAUCUUGAUAUAAAGUAUUCGCUAAACAAAGAUUAAUUAUGGAAGGUAUUUACAAAAUUAAUCUUGUGCCAAGCGACUUGAGCACUGAAGAAGCCAUCCUUCAGAUUGCUGACACUAUUGAUAAUCUCAAUGGGAUAGUGGAAGACGUGUUCUCUCGCUUAACGCGGCGAAUCAAGCAGAAUGUAGAUAAAACCGCAAAAUUGAAUGAACGCAUCGAAAACUCUAGGCUUAAAGUUGAAAAACUGACUGGAAUGCAGAGAGCCAUCAAAGUGUUCUCGAGUGCAAAGUACCCGUCGUCAAUAACGCACGAGCAUUAUCGAUCCGUCUUUGAUUUGGAAGGCUAUCAACAUGUGCCUAAAAAUGUUAAACUGAGUGCUAAAACUCGGGGGCCAUCUGAUGAUAAAAGAAUACAGGAGAAGCUACACUUCUAUCAUGUUAAAGUUGCGGAACCUAAUUCACUCAAGCCCGAUGAAGAUUUUAGUUUGAACGCUGUUAUUGAUAACCUGGAAACCAUCGGUGAACUUUUAGUAUUUAACACCGAUGAAAGCCCUUACUUCGGUGUUACCUCUAAAACACCAACCUACAAACCGGUCAUCAAGAAAUCGAAUAUUGAAAAUAAGAGUCUAAUAGAAGCGGCACCUUCGUCUAUAAUGAAGAAAGACGUCUUGAAGCGCGAAGUAGACGAAUACAUGUACGCACCCGGGAUGGGAAUGGUACCCGAAAUGGAGAUGCCGUUGGAUUUACCGCAUCUUCCAGGAAUCGCUGAGGACAUACAAUAUACUAUCGCGACUGAAGGGUCUAUAGCCCCGUCUGUCGUGACGUCACCGGUCACGCCGAUCAUCGCCAUUCCUGAGGUGGAAUUACCAGAGUUGCCCGAUCUAAAGGAACUACCUGACGUGAAACCAGAGCCCGUGGCUAUACCAGAUAUACCGGACGCUUCUGCGUCACCGGUUCCUGUUAGUGUGCAAGCGUUGCCGCCCCCGCCACCGCCCCCGCCACCGCCUCCGCCCCCGCCGCCGCCUAUGAAGGAAGUAGAGCUCACACCAUCAAAACGUGAAGAGAAAGCUUCGCCGCUAUCUCCUCCCGGCACUGGUGAUGCUCACGCGGACCUCAUGGCUGCGAUCAGGAGCGCGGGCGGUGCUGGGAGAGCGAAGUUACGGCACGCGGUCGAAUCUGAAGCACCCGAGUCCACCAAACCCGCGUCCACCGGUGACCUGAUGGCUGACCUCCACGCGAAACUGUCGAUGCGUCGUCGCGGCAUCUCUGGCGCUGAACGCGCAGGCGGCUCCGUACUCCACACCCUCGCCAGUAUAAUACCGGAGCCCGGAGACCAGUCGUCACCGCAACAUUCCUCCGGCGACGAAGACUGGGAUUAAGAGGUUCAUUAACGUGUUUUCUUUUUACUAAGUGUGCAAUGUAAUGUUGUAAUGUACCGUAUACCUACCUCUCUGUCUUUAACUGCAAACGUAUAUUUGAAGCCGUCAUCGUAAAAGUGGCCUAAAUCACGAUUUUUCACAUUCGCGCCUUAUACAUUUUCGAUUUAUUUAAAACAAUAAAUUUUGAUGCAAAACCGGCCUAUCCCUAGUUUCACCCAUAGAUAACAGUAUGCUUAGUG